AUGGCUUCGACAUCGCAGCAACCGCUCCAAGAAUGGCUCGUCAUCGUACCCGAUUACAAAGAAGCGCUGAGUAAGCGUCUCGCUGUGCGACCCAAGCAUCUGGAGGGAAUCAAGGGGGAUAGAGAGGAUUUUUGGCUUUGGGGUGGCGCCAUGCUCGAAGAACCAAUCCAACCCGGUGACACGAACCCACCCAAAAUGAAGGGCUCGGCGUGUUUGAUUGGCGCUGCGACGCGCGACGAGGUUGUCGAGAGACUCAAAAAGGAUGUCUAUGUCCAGGAGGGUGUGUGGAAUUGGGAUGAGGUGCAGAUUAUUCCGUUCAAGAGUACGGUUAGGAAGGCGUCGUAG